AUGUGCGACGAAGACGAGACCACCGCCCUUGUGUGUGACAAUGGCUCCGGCCUGGUGAAAGCCGGCUUCGCUGGUGACGAUGCCCCUAGGGCCGUGUUCCCAUCCAUCGUGGGCCGCCCCCGCCACCAGGGCGUCAUGGUGGGUAUGGGUCAGAAAGACUCCUACGUGGGCGACGAGGCUCAGAGCAAGAGAGGUAUCCUGACCCUGAAGUACCCCAUCGAGCACGGCAUCAUCACCAACUGGGACGACAUGGAGAAGAUCUGGCACCACACCUUCUACAACGAGCUGCGCGUGGCCCCCGAGGAGCACCCCACCCUGCUCACCGAGGCCCCCCUCAACCCCAAGGCCAACCGCGAGAAGAUGACCCAGAUCAUGUUUGAGACCUUCAACGUGCCCGCCAUGUACGUGGCCAUCCAGGCUGUGCUGUCCCUGUAUGCCUCCGGCCGUACCACCGGCAUCGUGCUGGACUCUGGUGACGGCGUCACCCACAAUGUGCCCAUCUAUGAGGGCUACGCGCUGCCACACGCCAUCAUGCGUCUGGACCUGGCCGGCCGCGACCUCACCGACUACCUGAUGAAGAUCCUCACCGAGCGGGGCUACUCCUUCGUGACCACAGCUGAGCGUGAGAUCGUGCGCGACAUCAAGGAGAAGCUGUGCUACGUGGCCCUGGACUUUGAGAACGAGAUGGCCACGGCCGCCUCCUCCUCCUCCCUGGAGAAGAGCUACGAGCUGCCCGAUGGGCAGGUGAUCACCAUUGGCAACGAGCGCUUCCGCUGCCCCGAGACGCUCUUCCAGCCCUCCUUCAUUGGCAUGGAAUCUGCGGGCAUCCAUGAGACCACCUACAACAGCAUCAUGAAGUGCGACAUCGACAUCAGGAAGGACCUGUACGCCAACAACGUCAUGUCAGGGGGCACCACCAUGUACCCUGGGAUUGCUGACCGCAUGCAGAAGGAGAUCACCGCGCUGGCCCCCAGCACCAUGAAGAUCAAGAUCAUCGCCCCGCCCGAGCGCAAGUACUCGGUGUGGAUCGGCGGCUCCAUCCUGGCGUCGCUGUCCACGUUCCAGCAGAUGUGGAUCACCAAGCAGGAGUACGACGAGGCCGGCCCGUCCAUCGUGCACCGCAAGUGCUUCUAGAGCCGCCCCCGGGCCGUGCACAGGCGCUGCCGGCACAGCUCGCGUGCUCGUGCCUCAGCAGAGCCCCGUGGAGGGGAGCGGGAGGGCACGGCAGCAUUAAAGUCAUCGUGCUGCGAG